AGGCGGUGCUUUUCCUACAAUCAGAAACUUCUAUAAAAAUCCAAGGUAAUCUCACAGCUAAAUACAUAUCGAAAGCUUCAGCUCAUAGCAUAAAAUCUUCCAACACCAUGGGUUUCGAUACUCUCCUCUCACAGCCAAUGGAGCCAUUCACAAUCUAUGCCACACUGUUCUUUCUCUUUUGCCUUCUUUUCUGGUUACUGAAGAGAAGCCAUGCUGACGUAUCCACAAAGGCACCGCCGCCACCGGAAGCUGGGGGUGCAUGGCCUUUGAUCGGUCACCUCCACCUUUUAGGUGGGUCUCACGCAGCUCAUGUCAUCUUGGGUAACAUGGCCGACAAAUACGGACCGAUCUUCACCUUGCGUUUAGGUGUUCAUCGAACUUUGGUCGUGAGCAAUUGGGAAAUGGCAAAAGAGUGUUUUACUGUAAACGACAAAGUGUUUGCUUCCCGUCCCAACUCUUUAGCCUUUGAAGUUUUGGGCGUCAACAGCUCAUUGUUUGGUGCCAGCCCCUAUGGCCCAUAUUGGCGCUACAUGCGCAAGAUAGCCACACUGGAGGUCCUGUCCACCAAACGCAUAGAAAUGCUGAAGGAAGUGAUGCACUCGGAGGUGAUGGCAGCGGUGAAAAAGAGCUAUAAUUAUUGGGUAAUGAUGAGGGAAAGUGGUGCUACAAAAGUAGUUACUGAAAUGGAAAAAUGGUUUGCGGACAUAACACUAAACGUUAUGUUCAGAACGGUGUUAGGAAAACGGUUAACUGGGAUGGGCUGUGAAGAUGACGAGGAAGAGAAUGAAAAAAUUCGAAAAGCAGUUAGGGAUUUCUUCCAUCUCUUUGGGCAGUUUACUGUUUCUGAUGCGGUACCGUUUUUGAGAUGGUUGGAUUUGGAUGGAUAUGAGAAGAAAAUGAAGAAGACAGCAAAAGAAAUGGAUGACUUCGCUCAGGCUUGGCUUGAGCAACACAAACGCAACAGUGGUUUAGGAGAAUGGAAAAAGGGUGAACAUGACUUCAUGGACUUGCUUCUUGCCACCGUUGAUGAUGAGUGUGUACAUGGUCAUGAUGCUGAUACCAUAAUCAAAUCCACAUGCCUGCAAUUAAUUUUAGCUGGCACAGACACUAUGACGGGAACAUUGACUUGGGCUCUUUCCUUACUUCUCAACAACCGUGAAGUCCUAAAUAAGGCUACACAUGAGUUAGACACACAAAUUGGUAGGGAAAAUGCGAUAGGAGAAUCAGACUUUGAGAAGUUGGAGUAUCUACAAGCCAUCGUCAAGGAAACAUUACGCUUAUACCCAACUGUACCACUUAGUGUGCCUCACGAGUCCAUGGAAGAUUGUAUUGUGGGUGGAUACCAUGUGCCUGCUCACACACGUCUCUUGACUAAUAUUUCAAAACUUCAACAAGAUCCCUCACUAUAUUCUGAUCUAUUGGAGUUUCGCCCAGAGAGAUUCCUCACAACCCAUAAGGACAUUGAUCUUAAGGGAAAACAUUUUGAGCUCAUCCCAUUUAGUGCAGGUAGAAGAAUAUGUCCUGGAAUCUCUUUCGCUCUUCAGCUAAUGCAAAUGACACUUGCUACUCUAUUGCAUGAAUUUGAAAUAGUAACUAUUGAUGGAGGACAUGUGGAUAUGGUUGAAAAAACCGGGAUAACUAACGUUAAAGCCUCUCCACUCCAAGUCAUUCUUACACCACGUCAAUCUAUCUAAGUCUACUACCAAAGUUAAAUGCUCUAGGUGGUUAAUGUAACAUCUUAUGUACGGAUAAAUAAACAUUGAUGCUACUCCACAUGUUGUUCUCCACAAUCCCUAUGGAGAUGCAAUUUCUAAAUAAAAAAUGUGUUCUAAUCUAUGUCUAUAUCAAUAUCUAUAUCCAUCCAUAUAUCUAUAAUAAAGAAGAAGUUUUGACA